UGACUUUUUUUUUUUUUGCUUUCCUCUUCUCAGUGAAGUGCUAUGAAUUUAAUUUGUGCUUAAAAUUAUCAAGGAAUGUUGCAUGUAAGGAAACUAUACAGAAUGUGCUAAUACUUUUCUGAACUGAUGAAUUCUGCACUUACAGCUACGGUAUCUGGAAGAAGAUCACACACACCACUCGGAGUGCAUUGAAUAUAAAAAGCUUCAUUUUGGAUUUGACAUCUCAGGAAUAUGGAUCAAGAUCUGUCUAUGAUUUCUUCAUUGCAUGAUGACUCUAAACCAGAUGACUAUGUUGAACCUCAUUACAAAGAAUGCUAUCGUCUAGCCAUUGAUGCUUUGGCUGAUGGAGGUGUGUCAGCUUAUCAGGAGUUUCUUAAGAAAGAAGGUACAGCAGAAUUUUUGUGUGAUGCUGAAAUUAGCCAUAUCACAAAAGGUGUGGAAAAACCAAACCCAGUUACCAUAUCUGAUUGUGAAGACCAUCAUGAUGAAACAUCUUCCUCAGGGACAUACUGGCCUGUGGAAUCUGACACAGAAGCUCCAAACCUUGAUUUAGGUUGGCCCCUAAUGCAACCUGGGCUGUCCAAUAAAACCAACAUUGACAUAUACUUUCACCCACCAAGAGGAACUUCACCCACAAUCAAAGAAGUUGUCAGAAAGCUAAUAAAAGAUGCAAGACAGGUUAUUGGAAUUGUGAUGGAUAUAUUUACUGAUGUGGACAUCUUUAAGGACAUUGUGGAGGCUUCAACACGAGGAAUCCCUGUAUAUUUAUUACUUGACCAUUCAAAUUUUAGCUGCUUUCAGAAUAUGGCUGAGAAACAGGCAGUUCAAGUGCAGAGGCUAAGAAAUAUGAGAGUGCGAACUGUUAAGGGUACAGAAUAUCUUUGCAGAUCAGGAGCAAAGUUCCAUGGGAAUAUGUCGCAAACGUUCCUGCUAGUGGACUGCCAUACUGUAUUAUUUGGGAAGUACAGCUUCAUGUGGUCAUUUGAGAAGAUAAACCUGAGUAUGGUUCAGCAUGUUACUGGACAGCUGGUUGAAUCAUUUGAUGAAGAGUUCCGAACACUAUAUGCUCGUUCCCAAAUUCCUGAAAUAUAUGCUCAGGAGGAAUUUGGGUCAAUGACAAGCCUCAAUAAGGUAUGGGAGAACAGUUCCUACAAAGGGUCAGUGCCAUCAUUUCUUUCAUCAACUAGCAACAGGAAUAUAUUUGACAGGGCAGAAAGAUCUAGGCACUCUUUGGAUGCAGUAUACUUACAGACACGAACAAGGCAACAACCCAAUUUACAGAAUCAUUUAGGAGAGGGAGAGAAUUUUGGCACUUCUGCUUUUAAUACCAAGCCUCCUAGUGGACCAAACAUACGUGCAAAAAUCCUACAAUUACAGAAUUCUGAAACAACUGCCAACUGGAAAAGACACAGUUAUGCUGGAGAGAAACCAGAGACAUCACAAUAUUUGUUAAGCAAUCGAAUUGCCAACCUUAGGGCAAAUACUCGACUGCAGAAUUGGAACACAGACAUGGAUUCAAGUAGUGUUGCAUCUUCAGGUAGAGGAGACUACCUUUCAUCCAUCAAUGACCCACGACAAAAUAUUGCUAACAGGUACACUAAGCUGACACAACUACCAAGCCGGACCUCAACAUUAAGAAGCUCAUUUCAUGGGACUGACAAUAAUAUCCGUAAUAUACAGCAAAAGAUGCCUACUCUGGAACGUACAACUAAAACAUUUUUACGUAACUGGCGAAUUGAGUCUUACUUAAAAGAUAACUUAGAGUACACCCCAGAUCUAUCAGGAGAAGUAUAUGAAAAUGACUUAAAUGGCAUAGAACAUUCAAUCAACCCUAUAUAUCCACAUUCACGACUUCGGUCUUCAAUUGUUCUUCAGUCAACAUUAACAGAACACAGAGAGCCAGGUCAUUACCCUAAUUCCUCAUCCUCAACAGACACUUCUCAGGAUAGUCAGUCAACUACAACAAUCCGAAACAGUAACCAUAUGAACACUAGAUUUACUUCUGAUAGUUAUUUACCAUCUGCUAACACAAUGACAAGGUAUCAGCCACCUUUAACUGAGAAAAGUUAUGGAUAUUCUUCCCUGCCUAGAAACACAAUUAGGCAAACAGAUCAGUAUAAAAUGCAACAAGCAGAUACAUUUAGACAAACACAGAGUAGUCUAAAAUUUUAUAAUGACUCAAAAGUGUAUGCAGAGAACAAUGGUCCUAAAGUAGUGUCAAGUUUUCUAUAUGGUACUGCAGGUAGAAAUACAACCAGUCAGACUGACAGGCUUUCAUCCAGUCAGGAUGACAGCUAUGGAACACGAUUGCAUGGCCUACAGCAUCUGAAUGGCCCACAGCUGAAUCAUGAUCAGCAUUUGAAGAAUGAGUGGCCAUAUGCAACAGGAAAUGCCACCCUGAAUGAUCUUUCAACACGAACAGUUUCUCAUUCGUCACUGAUAAAUGACAGCAAAGAAGAACACAAUAAUCAAUUAUCUUUCAACAAGGAUCAUAAACAGAACUCAACUUCCCCACGCUUUUUGCAGAGAGGGUCACUGAAGAUUAGAUCUUUACUUAAUCUUUCUAGUGAUAAAAAAGAAAACUUAUCAAGAAGUAAAAGCUCAUUUUACAAAAUGUGCAGUAGUUCUGAUACACUGACUUCAGAUGAUGGAGAUAAGCAAAAGUCAAAAACAAAAAGCAAAAAAAUGUUGUCUUCAAACAACAGCCAGUCAUCCCAAUCUAAUUCUCAAUGUUCUGUCAGCAGCCAAAAGAAUGUACAAACAUCAGCCUAUACUAGUCUGAUGCAGUCUACAUACAACAGUGCCUCCAAGGAAACAAGUUCAGAAGUAGUAGGUAAUCAGAGCGGCCCUAUCCAAGAAGAUUCCUCAGCUCCAAGGUUUAAUACUGAGCCAACUCAGUAUCAGGAAUACAAACAGAAUAAUCAAGAUUCACCACCAAAAGGUGGCAAUCUGGGGGAGGAUCAAAGUGGAAUAAUAAACCAAAAGCUGGAAAAUGUUCAUACUUCUCAGGAUGGAAUAGCACGGUCUCGGUUUAGUGAUAAACGGGUGUACAGUCGCUUUGAGCCAUUCUGCACCAUGGAACAUGCCCCUCAGCGAUCUUCUUUUGUAGGAGCUACAAGCACUCAGCCAUCUGACUUAGCCACUAGAGCCCAAGCAAAUGAUUAUUCGAGAUAUAAUUCCUCCAUGCCUCGUACCUCACAAGGAGGGUAUCAGGGGUAUCAUCCUCAUUCUGAAAACAGGUUUGGAAGAUUUAUGCAGAAAGUUGGAAACCUAAUAAACAAAAAAUGAAUAUUUAGAUAGUCAUUGCUUGAUUAAAUUCAGUGUAGACGUUACAAUACCAUGACACUGCUGCCUAUACCUUUGAUGUAUUUGAGAUACAGAUUUUUUUUCUUCUUUUUCUUUUGUAAAGAUCUGAAGACUUAGCCAAUUUUGUAGAGCUACAAGCAUUAUCCUGUGGAUGGCAUGGUGCUGGUUGUGCUUCAUAGUUAUUUUUACA